UCAUAACCCUAACGCCAUGAACUACGCACAGACGUAUAAAAGCCGGCGGCGGACGCCCUCCCGCCCGCCUCCAUUCCUUCCUCAGAUUCACACAGUUCUGAGCUUCGGGGGGUUUCCGGGAUGGCGACGGAGGAAGCGAAGGCGGUGGUCCCCGAGUCGGUGUUGAAGAAGCGGAAGAGGGAGGAACAAUGGGCGGUGGCGAAGAAGCAGGCGGUAGAUGCGAAGAAGAAGAAGGACCGCACGAACCGGAAGCUAAUCUUCACCAGGGCGCAACAGUAUGCCAAGGAGUACGAGUCGCAGGAGAAGGAGCUGAUCCGAUUGAAGAGGGAGGCGAGGAUGAAGGGAGGAUUUUACGUUAGCCCCGAGGCCAAGCUGCUCUUCAUCAUCCGCAUACGAGGUAUCAAUGCGAUGCACCCUAAAACACGAAAAAUCUUGCAGCUCCUUCGACUCAGACAGAUAUUCAAUGGUGUAUUUCUGAAAGUGAACAAGGCCACCAUGAACAUGUUGCAGAGGGUGGAGCCUUAUGUCACUUAUGGGUAUCCCAAUCUCAAGAGCGUUAGGGAGUUGAUUUAUAAGAGGGGAUAUGGAAAGUUGAACAAACAGAGAAUUCCCUUGACAGACAAUGCAAUCAUCGAGCAGGGUUUGGGGAAACAUGGUAUUAUCUGCAUGGAAGAUCUUGUGCAUGAAAUCAUGACUGUUGGUACACACUUUAAGGAGGCAAACAAUUUCCUCUGGCCUUUCAAGUUGAAGGCACCAUUGGGUGGCCUGAAAAAGAAAAGAAGGCACUAUGUUGAGGGAGGAGAUGCUGGAAACCGUGAGGAUUACAUCAAUGAGCUCAUCAGAAGGAUGAACUAAUGACUGAGUUUGCUUCUUCAGUGUCUUAAUUUUUCUGUAGAAGGAAAAUAAUUUGAAUUCAGUUUUUAGUUAGCAUUGGAAUAGUAUCAAAUUUUGCAGUUUUGAUGCUUUGAAUCAAUUACUGGAUAUGUUCCAUAUACUGAUGCUUUUAUUGUGCUUCUUUAUAGUACAUUAGCAAUCAUCUCUGUGGUAGCCUUUUA